UUGGUACUUAGCCACAAGCUGAAGAGUUGCAGCAGCCUUCUCCUUUCAUCCUUUCCCAUCCAAAACAAUUCCUGGCAACAGGCAUCGACAUAGUACAUAGUAGCCACAGCGACAAUGUCGAGGUGGGAGGCAUCGAUUGUCGAGCAUUUGGAGCUCAAUCGCAAAACGUACUUUAUCCUCAAGCUGGAAUGGGAAGUCGAAGAUGCCUAUAGGCUGGCAGAAGCCAUUAGUCGAAACCAAACGGUCCGAUAUGUGUUCUUAUACGACAAUUUUUUGGCCAGUUGCUCUCUGAAUGGGAGAAGAGAGGUGCUCAAAGCACUUGCUUGUCUGACCAGGUUGGAAAGUCUGGUCUACAUCUCGAAUGGCACCAGGGUCAAGAUACCUUUGGAUGCUCUCACUGCCAUUUUCAAAGCUGCCAAGAAAUUAUCCACCUUUGAGCUGCAUGGACCCAACUUGGUGGGAACCUCAUCAGACUUUGCCGAGUUCAGCCAUACAAUAACCAAACUGCCCCUGCUCAAGAGCUUCAAACUUCUGCCGGCAUACUUUGAAAGAGGACGAAUUGACUUGGGUGUAUUGAUAGACGCCCUUGCCAAAGUUGACACGUUAGAAGAACUUCGUAUGUGCUUGUAUUGUGACAAGGGAUCCCACUUGUCAUCCCAUGCACUACAGAGCCUCUGCCGUUCCAAGGUCCUUCGAAUCUUGGAUCUUCGGUGGCCGCAUCUAUGUGAUGAACACCUGACUACGAUGAGCAAGGAACUUCGAUACAAUGCUGUCCUAAGGGAGCUUCGAGUUGCUGGGAAUAACCUUGCCUACAGCUGCUUUUCUGUUGCUGAAAUGAUUGAAGUCAACGAAGGCAUUGAACACCUUACUCUGGCUUGUCGUGGGUUGGGAAAUAGCGAGUGCUGCAAAGCCCUGUGGAAGGCCAUUGAUGCCAAUUCCUUUCUCAAGGAAAUCACGUUCGAAAACACAGACGAGACCUGCAAUCGUGGCCAGGACUUCUCAGAGUUGAUGGGAACAGUGCUAGAAGAAAACAAUACCUUGGUGACCCUUCGGCUGUACAACAUGGGCCUUGAUGAUGAGACCUGCGAAGCACUUGGCAGAGCAUUACAGGUGAAUGUCACCUUGAAAGCUUUGGAUGUUCGGAAGGGAAACCGAAGCAUUAGCGACGAAGGCUUUGAGGCUCUGGCCAGCAUGCUUCAGAGAAACUACACCCUGACAUCUCUUCACACCAAUGCAACAGGAGCCAUCAAGAAACAAAUGGAUAUGUGCCUUAAACUCAACCAGUCUGCGAAGAAACUACAAGAUGGACUUGACGAUGACGUUGACAGGGACGGUGGGCGCCCUCGUAGUCCUGGGAGCUACUUUACCUUUUGUGCUUGUCGAUAAAGUUUGCUUCCUGAACUCUUAUCUCCCCUCCAAACUCCACUCCAACUCGCCAGCUCUGUGAUGGUUGGAUCUCUCCUACGGCAAACUGCUGGGUCUCCAUCUGGUGGCUGUCUCCAGGCCGGAAGACUCGAAUCGAAUCGACUCUACUAUAAUUGUAACCUACCGGUAGCUACACCCCAGAGCGCGGAAUUGACUUGACUUGGUUCAAAACUCGAAUCGAAUCAAAAUCAAUCAUCGGCGUCUGUUUAUGGAGAAACUUGUAUAAUCAUUCAUCAUUAUACUUU